AUGUGGGGUGGUACACCUGCGUAUUGGGAAUGGUUGUCUCACUCGGAUGCCAGAUUCUCUGAAGUGGCUAAACUUAAGAGAAUCAGUUGGCUUGAUAUCCGAGGAAAAAUUGGAACUCGAAUGUUGUCAAAAAGAACCAGUUAUUGCGCUUAUCUAGUGUUCAAGCUAGAAGAUGGAUUUUAUGGCCUUAUAAAUGUUAAGGCAGUUGUCAGAUUUGCUGAUACAGAGAGUGACCAUGAAGUAAAGAAACGAGCUAAAGUUGUUCAUUUUUCUGAACAAGGCUCUAGAGCAAGGCCACCCUUGAUUAGAAGUGAUGGAUGGAUGGAAUUGAAAAUGGGAAACUUUUUCAAUGAUACUGGAGAAGAUGGAGAUGUUGAAGCGCGAUUGAUGCAAAUAAGGCAAAAUUGGAAACACGGCCUCAUUGUACAAGGAAUUGAGUUUCGUCCAGAAUGA